UGGAGAUUUACAUCUUAAUGGAAGUUCUGUAUAUGCUAACGGUAAUGGAUAUUAUCCCAAUAUUGGCACUCCAAAUGGUUCGCAAAUUGAGGAUUAUGAAGUGUUUCAAGUAAUUAAGAAGUAG